GGCAGGAAGAUGGCGGCGUGAAGGACCCGCUCUGCGCGGCCGGGCUGCUCCUCCCUGCCGCCCUUCUCGCUCCCUGUCUGAGGUGGCAGCGAGCGGCGGCGCCGGGUCACGGCGGCGGCCGACGGCCGGAAGGACAGGCUCGCCUCGCCGCUCCGCCCGCAUCAGGCGGCGGGCUUCUCCGCGCCUGCUGCCCCGCGCGCCGGGGCGGACACUCGUGGCCUCGCCGGGCGCAGAGCGCCGAGCGCUGACGCCGGGCGCAGGCCGGGCAGCCUGGACCGGUCUCGCGCUCCGCCGUCGCGCCUCCAUGUCGGACAACCAGAGCUGGAACUCGUCGGGCUCGGAGGAGGACCCGGAGACCGAGUCCGGGCCGCCGGUGGAGCGCUGCGGGGUCCUGAGCAAGUGGACAAACUACAUCCAUGGUUGGCAGGAUCGUUGGGUGGUUCUGAAAAACAACACUCUGAGUUACUACAAAUCUGAAGACGAGACAGAGUAUGGCUGCAGAGGCUCCAUCUGCCUUAGCAAGGCCGUCAUCACGCCUCAUGACUUUGAUGAAUGUCGAUUUGAUAUCAGUGUAAAUGACAGUGUCUGGUAUCUCCGAGCACAGGAUCCAGAUCACCGCCAGCAGUGGAUAGAUGCAAUCGAGCAGCACAAGACUGAGUCUGGAUACGGCUCUGAAUCCAGCUUGCGUCGACAUGGCUCGAUGGUGUCAUUGGUGUCUGGAGCUAGUGGCUAUUCUGCAACUUCCACCUCUUCAUUCAAGAAAGGCCACAGUUUACGUGAGAAAUUGGCUGAGAUGGAAACCUUCAGAGACAUCCUGUGCAGACAGGUUGACACUCUGCAGAAGUACUUUGAUGCCUGUGCAGACGCUGUUUCCAGAGAUGAACUCCAAAGGGAUAAAGUGGUAGAAGAUGAUGAAGAUGACUUCCCUCUGACACGCUCUGAUGGAGACUUCUUGCAUAAUACUAAUGGCAAUAAAGAAAAGUUAUUUCCACAUGUCACACCAAAAGGCAUUAAUGGUAUAGAUUUUAAAGGGGAAGCGAUAACUUUUAAAGCAACUACUGCUGGAAUCCUUGCUACACUUUCUCAUUGUAUUGAACUCAUGGUAAAACGUGAGGAGAGCUGGCAAAAGAGACAUGAUAAGGAAGUUGAGAAGAGAAGAAGAGUAGAGGAAGCAUACAAAAAUGCAAUGACAGAACUCAAGAAAAAAUCCCACUUUGGAGGACCGGAUUAUGAAGAAGGCCCAAACAGUCUGAUUAAUGAAGAAGAGUUCUUUGAUGCUGUUGAAGCUGCUCUUGACAGACAAGACAAAAUAGAAGAACAGAGUGAGAAGGUCAGAUUACAUCGGCCUACAUCUUUGCCCUCUGGAGAUGCCUUUUCUUCUGCAGGGACUCACAGAUUUGUACAAAAGCACUAUAGUCGCUCUUCCUCCAUGUCUUCCAUUGAUCUAGUCAGUGCCUCUGAUGAUGUGCACAGAUUCAGCUCCCAGGUUGAAGAGAUGGUGCAGUACCACAUGACUUACUCGUUACAGGAUGUAGGUGGAGAUGCCAAUUGGCAACUGGUCGUAGAAGAAGGAGAAAUGAAGGUAUACAGAAGAGAAGUAGAAGAAAAUGGAAUUGUUCUGGAUCCUCUGAAAGCUACCCAUGCAGUUAGAGGUGUUACGGGACAUGAGGUCUGCAAUUACUUCUGGAAUGUUGAUGUCCGCAAUGACUGGGAAACAACUAUAGAAAACUUCCAUGUCGUGGAAACACUAGCUGAUAAUGCCAUCAUCGUUUACCAGACACACAAGAGAGUGUGGCCUGCGUCUCAGCGAGAUGUGUUGUAUCUUUCUGCCAUUCGAAAGAUAGCAGCCGAGACUGAAAAUGACCCUGAAACAUGGAUAGUUUGUAAUUUUUCUGUGGAUCAUGACAGUGCUCCUCUAAACAGUCGAUGUGUCCGUGCCAAAAUAAAUAUCGCUAUGAUUUGUCAGACCUUAGUAAGCCCACCAGAGGGCAACCAGGAGAUCAGCAGGGACAACAUUCUAUGCAAGAUUACCUAUGUAGCUAAUGUGAACCCCGGAGGAUGGGCACCAGCCUCAGUGCUGAGGGCAGUGGCAAAACGAGAAUACCCUAAGUUUCUGAAGCGCUUUACUUCCUACGUACAAGAAAAAACUGCGGGAAAACCUAUUUUGUUCUAGUAUUAACAGGGACUGCAGACGGGCUGUGUGAUAUUCCAUGUUGGAGAAGAACAAAGUGGACACUCUGAGCUGGAACGUAGGACCUGCAGCCUGUCCAUGGCCUUGUGCUAGCAGGGAGGACAUGCCCAUCUCACACUGGCUCUUUCUGGGGAGAUCUCCUUGCCCAGCGUGUAGCUAUAAAUACAUGUGAAGUUACAUGUAUAUGGCUAUAUUUUUAUUUGCUUGCUCCUAGAAGAAAAAAAAUUCAAGUCACAACUAGGAAUGGAUGCUUUUAUUUUUGGAAACUUUUUCAGAAUUUUUACUUUCCUAUGGUCUGGCCGAAACUCCUCAGCUGUGUCCGCCUUUUGUGCACAAAACAAAAGCACCAAGGUGAGUGUACAUGGGGCUGUGUUUCUGUGCCCCAGGCACUGGCUGGGCUCUGACUGAGGCCAGCAGCUCCACGUCCAGGCACCUGCUGGGCCCUAGUUGAUGCUGACAGCUCCGUGUCAAAGCACCGGCCAGGCUCUAGCUGAGGCCAACGGUCAGCUCUGUGUCCAAAUUCUUUUUUGACCCUUUUGCUUUGUGUACUCCGAAUCCAUUGCUGCUGAUUUCUGAAUGAUUCAUGUCGUCAUGUGUCUCCCAGUAACCUGUAAUUUCACCUUUUUUAGAGUCUUAAUCCCAUGAAGAACAUCGAUUCUGAUGGAGAAGGCUCAAACCUGUAUUCCCCCAUUGAUGUUUCUGCUGUAUUUUUAGUUGUGUACAAUGUGCCGCAGGCCUUUGUUUCCCGUUUGUCACAAACACAGUUCGGUUCUUCCUGCCUCCAGACAGAAACUGUACCACACUGUGGGUGUGGACUGACCUGUAAUCAGUGGCUGGGUUGAAGGAGCUCAUUUCCUGACUUAAGAAUACAUAGUGUUGCUUGUUGAGCAUACAGGACUGAGUGUGACUGUGGUGCACUGUGCCUGGGUUUAGGUGACAGGUGGAUUUGUUUCUCUUGUGCUAAGAACAGCUGCAAGGUUGUGCUGUGUCACAGGGCUACCGGCAGCAUGGCAGGGCACGUGGGCGGCCUCUGGCCGCACAGGGAGGUGGGAAUGCCCAAGGGUCCACGUGAGAGGAUUCCUUCCGCUGCAGCUAUGGAGUGUGAAGGCCUGGGCACCUGCAGUGGUGGCAAGGGACAGUCGCCGUGGACGUUGGGUCUGUGCUAUGUCCCACAUGAGCCUGCUCACAUACCCUGCCCAGCUCAUGGUCUGUAGCAGCACAGAAGUCUCCUAGACUGCGUCCUGUACAUAUUCCAUGUGUGUAAUGGAGUCUUCCUGAUACAUGCAAGGUGGUGAUUUAAUGAUGGGAUUAGUCUGAUCACUUAAUGUGCACAGUCCUGGAAGUGAAUAACUUGCAUCGGAUAUAAUGAUAUUUAUUAUUCUGUACAGAGAGAACAUACAAAACAAAUGCUUAUGUUACAUGCACGCAGAUUUCACGCUCUAAUCUUUUCUAUUUUUUUUAAUUUACUUUAAAUGAUGUGCAUGGAAUAUGCCUUAUUACAGAGAAAUGUCAUUCAUAAUUUGACUACAUAGAAAAGUGCCUCUGCGGUGGUUUAUGCCAGUCGGGCAAACAAGACAAGUGGUCAUGUCAGUCACUGCGCCCCAGUCAGCAUUUUAUAUUGUCAUGUUUAAAAAAGAAAAGUUUAUACCUCAAAUGUGUAUUUUAUUUUACAAUCAGCUAUGGGUGGGAUGGGAAGAUGGGAGAUGGAGUGGGCAGAGUGCAGACAGAGCCCAGAAGCACUUUGCUCCCUGUGAAUGUUUCCAUGCCACUGCUGGUACCUCGUAAACACAAAGAAGGCCUGCCUGAGUCGAUGCUUUGUUUUAGAAUUGUGGAAAUUUACGAAGCAGCAUCCGGAUCUCAUUCUGCUUAAUUGCAUUUGGGUUAAAUAUGAUGGUCUUCUUUUGUAAUUCUGUAAAUUAAAUGAUUAUAUUAGAAAUGUUUGUAGUAAAAAAGAAAAAUAGAAAGA